GUUUCUUUCAGUCUUGACAAUGGAGUGUCCGAUGCUGAACGUGAACUGGAGUUCUGUCCAUUAGCCCAUUACAAUGAGCAGCGGAUCUAGAAUUUGUAAUAAAAUCCCGAAAAUGGAGUACAAGAAUGAGAACAUUGGAAUAGAACUUCUGCUUGCUCACAUGAACAUUGAGGACAUAAUCCAAGCAGUGGACAAGUUCUGUUCCGAGGGAGAGGAGGAGGAAGAGUCAGAGACAUCGUUUGAGGACAGUCUUUCCCAGGAGGACAUGGAUGAGAAUGAGGAGGUGACAGACAUUCAGAAAUCACAUGCUUCGCUGACCCAUACAAAGGGUCAUGGAAAAGUCAGAUACGGGUCUGUGACUGACCUACUUUCUUUCGUGAAUCUGGUUUCUAAUGCACCUGCUAACUCUCUCUCGGAUCUGGAUGAAGAGAUUGGUGUUUUGUUGAACAAAACAAACAUGGUCAUUAAAGAGGGGCGGUACAGGAUCAACUCAGAUGUGCUCUUGUUUCCAUGGAAACUGACCUAUAGGAACCCCGGCCCCGGGCACGUUCCAAAGGGCUCCUUUGGAAAAGUCCACCUGGCCCAGGAUACUGAAACUCGCAAAAGAAUGGCAUGCAAACUGAUCCCCUUGCAGAACUUCAGGGCGGCCGACGUGGAGUUCCAGGCUCGGUUCUGUCAUGAGAACAUAGCAGAGCUCUAUGGUGUUUUGUUAUGGGAGCAGAACCUACACCUGUUCAUGGAGGCGGGUGAGGGGGGCUCGGUACUGGAGAAGCUGGAGAGCUGUGGACCAAUGAGAGAGUUUGAGAUUAUUUGGGUCACUCAGCAAGUGCUCCGUGGUUUGGAGUACUUACAUUCCCACAAAAUCAUACAUCAUGACAUCAAACCCAGCAACAUAGUGCUGAUGUCUGCUAAGGCAGUGCUGGUGGACUUUGGCCUGACAGUGCAGAUGACAGGGGAUGUGUACAUUCCCAGGGAUCUGAGAGGCACUGAGAUGUACAUGAGUCCAGAGCUGGUUCUCUGUCGUGGUCAUAACACAAAGACAGACAUCUACAGCCUGGGAACUACCAUCAUUCAUAUGCAGACGGGUAGCCCACCCUGGGUCAGGAGGUACCCCCGCACUGCCUAUCCUUCAUACCUUUACAUAAUCCAUAAGCAGGCACCUCCUCUGGAGGAUAUCUCAGAGGACUGCAGCCCAGCCAUGAGGGGCCUACUGGAGCGAGCGCUGGAGAGAGUGCCCUCACGGAGGAGCACCGCAACCGAACUCUUAAACGAGGAGGCGUUGCACCCCCACCGUGAGGAUCAGCCCCGCUGCUGGAGUCUAGACUCAGCCCUGGGAGAGGGUACACACCCGUUACUGCGCCAGCAAAGUCAAGUAACAGACAGUACGACAGACUCAACUCUAUAUACUGAGGACUCUGGGAAGAGAAAGGGUUCUCUCUAUGUCGACCUAGGGGCCUUGGCAGGCUACUAUAACUUUGUCCGGGGCCCACCAACCACAGAGUACGGCUAAGCCAGCCUCAGGAAGAGGGCUGGAGGAUGAGUUCCGUUGUUCUCGAGGUGGACCGUAAAACGCGCCAGGCUCACAACGGUCGGACUGUCUGCGUGGCAACACCUUACGCGCAUGUGAAGAUGCUUGUAUGUCACAGCUUAGCUGUCUAAUAUAUAUCAUAAAUAAAGUACAGUUCACGUGGUUAGGUUAUGAUAAAGGGACUGAAUGAAGGGUGGACUGAUCAGACGGUGUGACAUAAGCAGGAUGGGACAGUUCACGAGAUUGUGGACAAACACUGUCCUGUUAUAACGGUACAACAGAGUGAAGGUAAUAGUAUCUAAGAGAAUGGGAUGUGGUUUUUAGCUUAGAUGUUCUUUAUGAGACCAACUAUAGGGGACAAUUAAAAUAGUUUUUUAAAUGUGUGUAUAUGGGGUACUAUAAGAAGUUUGACCCUGGAUGUGCAAUAGGGUUGCAGUGGUACAAUGUUGGUUGAGUGGUUGAUAACUGUAGAAGGGUUUGCUGGUACAGACCUUUGUUGCUUAGGUUACAAGUUGAGUUAUUUAGUCUCUUUUUUUUUUGGCAAAUAACCCUAAUCUAAAAUGCUGUUAUAUUAACAUUUAGAUAUUGUUUAUAUGUAGAGGUAAAACUCUGGAAGAAUGUUAUGAUUGAUAUGACCUAAAGUGCGUAAGUGUUGGUAUACACCUGAGAAUUCUGAAGUUCAAUGCACUGGUCAUAAAUGGAGGCAUAUGUAGUGCAGUAUGUCGUUUAGAACUGCAGAUGUUUAGUGGAGAUCUGCACUGUACAAAUGUGGAUGUGUUAAACUGGUUCAUUUCUCAGAGAAAUGGCUUGUAAUAAUCUGUGUUUUCUGAUUUGAUGCAAGUGUGCUGAGUGUGAUUUUGGACAGAUGUUCAGUUUUGUUAAAUCACAUUGUUUGUUUGUUUUUUUGUUUAUUUGUUUGUUUGUCUGUUUUAUAUGUCUGAGAUAGCUCAGGUUGGAUUUCUGUUCCUGUGGAAUGAAGUUUUAUUGAGUAAUUGCCAUGCAAACUAGGCUAGAAUGUUAUUGUCAUUUGGCCUCCAUUAAAUGUUUAUGUCUCAAAAUUAGAAAAAAAAAGUCAGCUUGUAAAUCAGGGUUUCAGUUAUGAGAAAUAAUUCUAUUUUCUUUUUUUUCUCUUUUGUUUGUUUUUGUUUUUCUUUGUACAGUACUGGCACACAUUUACCUAAUAUUACCAACACAGAACUCUGAU